AUGAGGCCUUCGCUGGAGCAAGCUCUGCUCAAUGUUGCAUCUACGGAGGGAACUAAGCACUUGUAUUUAAAGCUCGAUGAGGGCAGAUCCUCCUUUGGUCGACUCCAUGGGAACACAAGUCUUGAGAGAUACCUCAACGGGCCAAUGCAUGUGCCGAACAAGGUUGUAGAUGUGCCUUUGCUUGAAUACUACAGCCUUGAAAGCACGCUGAACCUUCUGCUCGCCAUCGCCGACUCGUGCGUACCGCUGCGAGAACUUCAUCUUCCAAUGGACAAGUUCUUUUCAUACGAAAAGCGGCGCGAAGAACAGGUCCCCGAGUGGGAUCCAGAGUGGUUUCCACAUCUGCAACACAAGAUUCUCCGACCGUUCUCGCACGUCCACACAAUCGGUCUAGGUGACCACGCGCACCGCUGGUUGCCUCCGAUGAGCGAACCGCACUUGCAAGACACCGUGGUCAACUGGUUUCCGGCAUUGACGAGCUUGGCGGUACCUUCAUACGUGGAUAUGCGUCGACUCAUCGCCACAUUCCCGCCUGGCAAGUUCAAGCACAUAUGUAUCGAAAGGUGCUACUACCCAAUCAUGUGGGACCAGGUCAGAGCACUGCUCUUCCAUCAUCGCAGCUCUGUCGUUCACGUCAGCCUCACCAAGUUCGUCUACAAAUGCCGAUACGAACGUGCCUCACGUAGGCUGCAGGAUCUUCUGCUGUGGAUCGCCGACAAUCUCGAGUUGCAGAUGCUUGAGUUCGAAGGAUCCAAGUACCACAAAAUUGAGUUCGAAGGAUCCAAGUACCACAAAACCGUCUAUGAGGACAUGAAGUGUGCAUGGCAGGGAGACAUCAAGGCGCAGCUUUCCAAGUUCUUUGAAAGCAGGUACCUGUUCACUAAGCCGAUUACGUAUGUGGCUACGGACGGUGAGAGUGAUGAUGACGACGAAUGA